AUGUUGUCUCUUGAUUUCCAUCUUCUCGACCUCGCAACAAACAACCUCUUUUCAGACGAUGUCCGCGCAACCCUUCACCGCCAGCGCAAAUCUGCUCUCGACGACCUUGCUCUCCUAGAUGCUGAAUUAGCCCUCGCUCAACUUUCAUUGCAAGACAAUAAUAUCCUAUCAGAACAUUCCAAGCGCCAAACCCGCCGCAAGCUUGUCUCCCUCAUUGCUGCUUGCGACAUUGCCAUCGCACCCCACAAAUCUCUCCCUACAGAGCUUUUGUCCUACAUAUUCAUCCUUGCAUACAGCUGUUUUCCGACAGAUCUUCCUCCCCCUAGUCGUACAUCUACCCCUCUUGUCCUCUGUCAGACCUGUUCCAGAUGGCGAACAGUUGCACUCGACACUCCAGACCUCUGGGCAGACGUUGUCUUUCGCUAUGAAAAGGGCCUCGAUCCACGACGCACAGUCUUGCUUGCCAAAAUGUUUUUUGCCCGCUGUGGUUCCCUCAAGCCUCUGUCGUUACAGAUAUCUCGUUGGUCGGGGCCCGACUUUCCUGAUGACCACCAAACAAUCAUGGAAAACAUCCUCCGCAGUCUCGUAAUACCCUAUGCGUCGCGCUUCUGGAGACUACACUUGCGAUUGUCCGAGUCGACCAUUUACACUUUCUUAUCUAUCGCGCCCCAGCUCUCAUUCCCCUGCCUUAAAUCAAUACAUCUAGAAUGUGAUAAUUCUUCAAGCACUCGAGGCCCUUCACUCCGUAAACUCUUUCCUGCCAACUCUCCCCUCUUGACAAAGCUCGGUCUGUCCAACUUUCGCUACCAGCUCCAAGUGGACGAUGCUUUUUUCCCGUGGAAGCAGCUCACACACCUCUACUGCCACGAUACCCCCAUCAGCAUCCCCAAAAUCCACGCCCUCCUGCGUCUGUGCCGCAGCCUCGUCGAAUGUCUGCUGAGCGUCGACACCCGAAACGACCCAUCCGACUUUGAUAUAUCCAAAGCCCGCAUCCGCCUCAUAUCCCUGCAAAAGCUCAGCCUAAUCUUCACCACCCAAGGCCCGCUCCUCGGCUCCUUCCUCGAGCCGCUCUACACACCCAACAUCAAAGAACUCACCAUAUCCAACUCCAUCCGCACGCAACGCCCACAUCCACAAGACGAGCUGCUCGCCCUCCUCACGCGCGCAUGCCACACCCUCGAGGUCCUCCAGAUCGACAACAUCCCGCUCCCGCCGCACACCGUCGCAGAGAUCGCACACGCGCUGCCGACGCUCACCGCGCUCCUCAUCGGCGCGGACAACCUCGUCCCGCGGGACGUGCUGGGAGCUAUAGCAGCUGGUGCUGUGCUCCCGCGGCUCCGCUGUCUCGCGUGCAGCGUGGACGAUCUCGAGGCGGCCAUCCGCGCGCUCGAGUACCGCUGGCAGGCGGGCGUAGACCGACUCGCCCCGGGCGAAUUAUAUAGUCCUCCGUUCAAUUUUAUCCUCGAUUAUACUGGCCAGGUGAUAAACCAUGACCAGGCGGUCAGAGUAGACCGCUUGAGAGCAAAUGGCGUCGAUAUUACAAUGACUCGCGUUCAGCCAUGA